CAACUCAUAAAGGUUUGUGGGGUGAGUAAAUGAUGACAGAAUUUUCAUUUUCGGGUGAACUAUCCCUUUAAAGAGUCUCUCAUUCCCCUCAGCCCCAAUCCUGCUUUUAUAUGAAGAUAUUUGUCCCCAUCUACUGGUGUGGUGCUCGAACAACAGCGGAAAUGUGCGUUAAACUGUGGUGACGUCAGACGCAAAGGAGCGUCGCUUGUAGGUUCCUCAUCGAUCGCAGGUGUCUCUUCCGGCCAUUACGAAGGAGUUACAGUAACCUACUUAGAAUGACAUUGGCUGCUGUUGCCGCCAUUAUCCUCGCCAUAGGAGGCGCUGGGAUGUUUUCUGCUCUUCAUAAGAUUGAAGAAGGACAUGUGGGUGUCUACUACAGAGGUGGAGCUCUGCUGACCACCACCAGUGGCCCUGGAUUUCAUCUAAUGCUGCCGUUCAUUACUACAUUUAAGUCUGUACAGACAACCCUACAAACAGAUGAAGUAAAGAAUGUUCCAUGUGGCACAAGUGGAGGUGUAAUGAUCUACUUUGAUCGCAUUGAGGUGGUGAACUAUCUUGCUCCCUCAGCAGUGUACGACAUUGUGAGAAACUUCACUGCCGACUACGACAAAGCUCUGAUUUUCAACAAAGUUCACCAUGAGCUGAAUCAGUUCUGUAGUGUGCACGCACUUCAGGAGGUCUACAUAGGUCUAUUCGAUCAAAUAGACGAGAAUCUAAAGCUCACGCUGCAGCAGGAUCUCACCAACAUGGCACCUGGACUCAUCAUUCAGGCGGUCCGUGUCACCAAACCAAACAUUCCAGAAAGCAUCCGCAGGAACUAUGAACUGAUGGAGGGUGAGAGGACGAAGUUACUGAUUGCGGCUCAGACUCAGAAGGUGGUAGAGAAGGAGGCAGAGACGGAGAGGAAAAAGGCUGUCAUCGAGGCAGAGAAGGUGGCUCAGGUGUCUGAAAUAAAAUUUGGACAGAAAGUUAUGGAAAAAGAAAUAGAGAAAAGGAUCUCAGAAAUUGAAGACGGCGCUCUCAUUGCUCGGAUGAAAGCAAAAGCAGAUGCAGACUUUUACACUGCUCAGAGAGCAGCUGAGGCCAAUAAGCUGAAGCUGACUCCUGAAUAUCUUCAGCUGAUGAAAUUUAAGGCAAUUGCAGCUAAUAGUAAGAUUUACUUUGGAAGUGAGAUCCCUCGCAUGUUCAUUGAUUCAGGACCAAGAAGCUCCUCCUCAGCUGCCUCCAAAGCUAUAGAUGCUCUCUCAGAGGGCAUACUGGACUUGGAAUGACGAGAGAAGUUCUGUUUUAGCACUGAGGAAAAAUGAACAGAUCCAUCUUUUCAUCCUGAGGAAAACUCACAAAUAUGAUAAAGGAGAAAACAAGAUGCUCCAGAAGGAAACAAAAUGCAUUAAGAGCUCAGGGCGUAAACCUUUGAACAGGACAAUGAUGAAGAGUACAUUAUUCUUGUUUCAGAUUUGUUUUAGUACUUCCCUUCAGAAGCUACAUAAUUUUGUUUCACAGAAGCCAAUAUAAGUACAGCUUUCUCUGAUUUUCCAAUUCAAAUCGUUUACACCCUGCUGCUCUUAAUGGAUUGUGUGGCUUUAUUGGGUAUCAGGAAAUGUGUUUACCUUUUGUAAUAGUUGCGUAUGAGUCCCUCAGUUGUCCUCCAUGUGAAAAGAUGGAUAACAGCCUGCAGUUAAACUGCACGUGACAAAGGAAUCAUUAAACACUAUCACAAAACAAACUUGAACCACUACUGCAUCCUUAUUAUUUUAAUAAGCUAUAAUUUUGACUUGCAGCCUAAACGUAAUUUUUUUUUUUUUUGUUCAGUAACCAUAAAACACAUUCUGUAACACAACCGUAUGUCUGUCUGAAACAGUGAAUACUGCAUGCUAACUUCAGUGAAAUAUCAAUACCUCUAUCAUCCUCUGAUAUGUCCUUUCUAUUUAUCUUGUGGAAACGGUCACUAGUGGUUCAAAAUGGUCACAUUUUCACAGUCCUUCAGUUGAGGAUCCUGUGAAAAAAAAAAGUGUGUGUGUGUGUGUGUGUAUAUAUUCUCUACAUUGCAGUUUUCAUUGUUUAAGCAAAAGUUAGAAUAAUGAUGUUACAUGAUUAAACAAAUGUAAUGAUAACAGGUAGCUCUUUUUUUAGCUGAAUUGUACAGCAAUUCACAAGUUCACAUUUGUACAGUAUAUAGAAAAUAAUUCCUGCCUUUUAAAAUAACCACAUUUUAUUGCUUUGCAGCCUAAAAUAAAGAUGGAUACAGUUUUUGUUCUAUGCUGCUGCAUUUACUCAGUGUAAGUUAUAACAUCCAAGUGAAAGAUAUAACACCAACAUGUCAGAAAAAAUGAAUAUGACUCAAUCAGGUGUAGCUAAUCACCUUCUCAAUGUCAUCUGACUUUCAGCUGUGAACCGCUGUGGUUAUUUUGAUUAGCUCAGCAUGAAAAUAACUUUUCUGGAGAAUUCAGUCCUUGGUAGUGCAACUCAAGCACUACCAAGUGCACUUUUUUUAUUUUUUGUGACAUGUUGGUGUUAUAUCUUUCACUUGGAUUUAAUAUGUUGCACAGAGUUAAUAAAGCUAAAUAAAACAAAAAAUGUCUAAAUUUCAGGCAGCGAAACAAAAUGUGAUUAUUUUUAAGGGGAUGAUUGUUUUCUAUACCCACUGUAUACAUAACAGUGAGAAUAAGUAUGUUUGGCCUGCCGUCCUCUGAGAAUGGAGGUGAGAAAAGCGAAAUCUGAAAAUGUUUCUCCCAAACUUUAAUAAAUACAUUUCUAAAAGAACAGAAAAAAUCUAAGCUUGUCAAAGGGCUGUCUUGCAAAUUUUGUAACUGAUUAAAGUAUUUGAUAACUUGGGUAACUGAA